GGAAUCCGUGCUCACGUCGCAUCGCCUUGCUGCAAACGCCGGAACGAGGGGAACGCGUCCAACGACUUCUCACGACCUGAGGUCACAACCAGGUCACAACCGUUGAGCAGAAGCCCCGUAAUCUUGAACAUCAACAGUGGAGGCGAGAGUAGCUCGACCUGCACCUGCACGACAGAACCAACUCCGGAGCUCUAGAGCACUGCGUCACUUCAAGUGCAGAAGUCCCCUACCAAAAUGGACGGCCAGGCGAAUGCAACGCUGUUGCCCGACACGGCAUCGCAAGCUUCCUUCUAUGACCUAGCGCAAAUCUUGAGAAGCAUCUCCACGAAGAAGGGAACCGAGGCAAAGAGGCAGAAGAUACGGCAGUACAUCAACGAGUGGCGGCGGACAGGCGGCGACUUUUACCCAGCUCUAAGACUUAUAUUACCACACCUCGACAAAGAACGCAAAGGCUACCAAAUGAAAGAGAAAGUGCUCGCAAAGACCUACGUUGACGUCCUAGGCCUCUCCAUCAAAUCCAACGACGCGCAGAGUUUGCUCAAUUGGAAAAAUCCGGGAAAGAGUGGGAAGAUGACAGCGGGCGAUUUCAUCGGGGCUCUGUAUAACCUCCUCAGAGCGCGGUCGAAUGUGCGAGAUAAGAGCAGUGUGACUAUUGCGGAUGUGAAUGAACAGCUGGACUUGUUGACUGUAGCUAUGGAUCAAAGGGAACGACAGGAGGUGAUACGAUACUUUUUCAAGAACUGCACGCCGUUGGAACAGAUGUGGAUCGCGAGGGUUAUCCUGAAAGACAUGAAGCUGGGAAUAUCGGAGAACACGAUCUUGAAAGAGUGGCACCCGGAUGCGCUGGACCUAUACAACAUCUGCAACGAGUUGUCGAGGGUAACGUCUGAGUUGAGGGAUCCCCGGGUACGGCAAGGACAGCAGGAAAUCACCCUCUUCACACCCUUCACACCCAUGCUCUGUCACAGCGUGCAGCGACUGGGCGAGGUGCCCAAACUGAUGACCAAUGAGCCGUUCUACAUCGAGACCAAGCUGGAUGGAGAGCGGAUUCUGAUGCAUAUGCAGCGGUUGCCUGCUGGGUCGAAGUUCAAGUGGUGGUCUAGACAGGCGAAGGAUUAUACCUCCUCGUAUGGCGCGAACAAGGAUGAGGGGUCCUUGGUGCCGUCUAUUCACGAUUUGAUUGAUCCUAAGGUUCAGAGCAUGAUUCUGGACGGGGAGAUGCUGGCGUAUGAUCGAGAGACGGAGGUGUAUGUGCCGUUUGGGUCGUUGAAAAGUGCUAUCAAAGAUGUUCUGGUGCUAGGUGUUAACGACGCCAAGCUUCGCAUCUGUUACAACGUCUUUGACGUCCUCUACUACAACGGCAAAAGCCUCGCCACCACGCCCCUCCGCGAACGCCGCGCUCUUCUCCCAACGCUGUUCCGCGCCAAACCCACAUAUAUGGAAAUCAACCCUUUCACAGUGGGCGAAACAGUGCAGGAUAUCUUCCAUGCCCUAGACGAGCGCAUGGAACGCAACGAGGAAGGGCUGAUCAUCAAGAACCCCUCCGCGAGCUACCUGGUCGCCAAACGGAUCAGCACCGACUGGGUGAAGGUGAAAGCCGACUACCUCGCCGGCUACGGGAACGACAUCGACCUGCUGGUCGUGGGCGGGUUGUUCGGGCAAGGCCGCCGCGGAGGCAGGAUUUCGCAGUUCAUGUGUGCCGUAUGGGAGGACGCACGACCCGACGGCGUCACCGCCCCUGCCGCCAGCAGCAGCCUCGCUUUCACGACAACAGGAGGCACCACCCCAUCCCGCCGGUGCGUCAGCUUCUGCAAAUUCGGCACAGGCUACAAGGACGACCAAAUCGACCUCAUCUCCCGCCGCAACGUCGACGGCCUAUGGCAGAAAUACGACCCGCGCAAACCGCCCGCGUGGUUCGUGCAUCCCCGGAACAGUAAAGAGAAACCGGACUAUAUCAUCACCUCGCCCGAGCAGGCUAUCGUAGUGCAGAUCAAAGCGUUCGAGAUUGUCAAAUCCGACACGUAUGGCGCCGGGUGGACGUUACGGUUUCCCCGGUUUGCGGCGAUGAGGGAGGAUAAGACGCCGGAUGAGGCGGCGACUUUCUCGAUGAUUUUGCAGAGGGUGCAGGGGGGUGGGAUGCAGAAGCGGAGACGGCUGGAGGGGAUUGAGGGGGAAUUUGACGCGGAGGGCGAGGAAGGGGAUGGGCCUGCGAAUAAGAAACAGCGGCGAGGACGGGCGGCACUAUCCUCCGCUAUUAAGGUGGCGGCACAGCAUAUGGGCAUUGACGUGUCGCGCAUAACGAAGAGUGAUGAUUUGUUCACAGGGAUGCAGUUCUGUGUGUUACCCGGGGCGGGGACGGAGGGGGAAGCGGAGGAAUCGAGUAAAGACGGGCCGAAGAAUCUGUGUGUCAAUAAAGCGGCUAUCGAGACGCUGAUUGCGCAACAUGGAGGGGAUGUGGUACAGAACCCGACUGCUCAAACCAAGAUGGUUAUCGCAGACCAACACACCCUCAAGGUGUCCAACCUCAAAAAAGCCGCCCAAUACGACAUCGUCAAAUCCCGCUACAUCGCCGCUUGCCUCUCCGCCCGCGAAAUCAUCACUCUCUGCCCCCGCUUCAUGAUCCACGCCACCCCUAAAACCCUCCACAUGUUCAGAGAAAACGCCGACCAGUGGGGCGACAGCUACUUCGAGGACCUUAAAGUCUCGACCCUGAAGGAGCUGUUUAGCCAUAUGGAGGUGCCAGCGUGGGAGUCAGAUCCAACUAAAAAGAAACGGGGGACGAUGCGGAAACAACGAAAAUUGGAGCCUGUAAAUCGACCGUUUUUUGACAAGGAUAGCGGCGAAUCGACGGGGAGAUCAGACGACGAUGAAGCCGUAGACGAUAACCGACCACCCUCCCCCGUAUCCCGCCUCACCACGAUCCAGGAAAUCGAGGAACGGUACUUCACCGACGCACCGCAUGAGGGAGGCCUGUUCAGACCGUGUCGGGUGUACCUUGACCGAUACACCGACAUUCGCGUCGUGGGGGCCCUCCUUGCCACUUCACCAGACACAUCACCAACGCAAAGGGUAGACUGGUCCCUCCCCGACGGCACGCAUGCCCACAUUGUAGAAUCCGAGGACGAUAACCCGCAGGAGGACCGUGUGCUGGAUUCGAGGCUGGACGUGCUGGCGCUUAAGAUCAGGGCAAGAGGCGGGGUUAUUUGUGGGGCUUUGGGGGAACAUACCACGCAUGUUGUUGUUGAUGCCGAGGAGGAUGCGUUCCUUGAUGCUGUCGCUGGGAUUCAACGGCGGAAUGAAGCGGGGCAAAGUAAACAGCAGAUACAGCAAAAUUUGACGACCUCCGCGACAAAGGUGCUGCAUGAUCGGAUCCGCACGAUCAAUGUCGUGUUGGGGAAGAUGAAGGGGAGGUUUCAUAGGCGUGUGCAUGUGGUUGCAGAUGAGGGCGGGUGAGGAAGGAAAACAUUUGGGGUAGAUCUCGUGUGUAUGUAGUCGUCAUUCGUCACAGCGGCGGUAGAUACCCCAGGAAGAUCCUUUUCAGCUACAUACAUAUGCUCAAAUCUAUUUCCUACAGUGUU